AUGGCUUCGAAGCGCAUCACACAGGAAACCUUCAACGAGGUGGUCCAGGAAAACAUCAAGGAGUUUGAGAUGGAGUUGGAGGAUGCUGUGAACGAUGCCGUCGAGCAGUUUGAAUCACAAGGUGUGGACUUGACCAAUAUCCGACGUGACGAGGCCAGCGUACUCGGCAGCGGCAUCCCAGUGGUGGUGACGGUGCUGCAGCGCCUCCGUGCUACCAUGCAACAGAGCGAGGGUGAGGGUGAGCCCGUGGUGACCGACCUCGUGCUGGCGCAAGCCGCCCUGAGUGAGCUCCGUGCCGAACUCGAGCGUGAUCCAGCUGCCAAGACCAUCCUGGCCCAGGAGCAUGGCUUUCCUGCGCUGCUCGCGGCCAUUGAGGCACUGUGCCACGCCGAGCUCCCGGCCCGUGAUGCUCUGCAUACAGCCUUGCAGGUCAUGGCCCAACUCUUGACCGGUCAACCUGACCUCGUGACACGCAACAACCCAAACAACAUCAUCGGGGAAGCGCAGUCCCACCCCCACGCCGAGAAGCUGUGCCGUCCGCUUCGUCGGUUUCCUCAGGAUGGCAAAACGCAGCAGCACGGCAUCCAUGCCAUUCGUCAAGCUCUGGUGAUGCACGAGACCAACCGUCAAACCUUUGUUGCGGAGGGCCUGAUAGACCUGCUCCUCCAUGUGCUUCAGACUCACGAGGACCAGCCCGACGCGGUGGCUGAGGCUGCUCAUUGCUUGCGCGACUUGACCCUUGAUGACGACAUUCGCGUGGCUUUCGGCAAGGCUCAUGACCAUGCCAAGCUUAUCGUGUCCGAACAUAAUGCGCUGCCCGCCAUUUUGCAGGCCAUUGAGACUUUUGCUGCUGAUGAUGCCGUUCUUCAGGAACUCUGCUCCACCCUCGCCCGCUUGGCCGUGCGCAACGAGUAUUGCCGAGACAUUGUUGCCCUCGGUGGGCUGCGCUCCGUUCUUGGCGUCCUGGCUCGGGAUGAUUGCUCCUCCAAGCUUGCGUCUGCAGGCUUGGGUGUCCUCAAGGCCAUUGCGGGCAACGACGAGGUUAAACUGGAUAUUCACUCCGCUCAGGGAAUCCCGGUGAUGCUCACCGUUAUGAACAAAUAUGCAAAAAAGACUUCUGUCAUGGCCAAUGGCUGCGCCGCUCUGACGGCAUGCUGCCUCCGCUGUCGCGAGAAUGCGGCCUCUGUCGUGGCUAACGGUGGGGCCAACACAGUGGUCAAGGCUCUCAUCAUGCAUCCCGACUCGGCCCGUGUCGCCAAGGAGGCGUGUCGCGCCUUGCGUAAUUUGGCUGCCCGCAAUCCGGACCUUCAUGAUGCCAUCUUGGCCGAGGGGGCGGAGAAUCUGAUCAAUAUUGCCAUGUCCAAGUUCAAGGACUGUCAGGAUGACGCCAAGGCUGCCCUUCGCGACCUGGGUUGCAAGGUGGAACUCAAAGAGUUGUGGAAGGGUGCUCCUCGAGACACACAGGAGGAGAUUGAACAAUAA